AUGGCGCGGCUUUUCCCAGCUUUCUAUGCAGCAUCUGACUGGGGCUGGUCAUCUGCAAGCUACAAGGACAACUGCCACCAGUCACAUGCACCGGAGAGGCCGUACUACUUCAUGUCAGAAGCUGUCCAGGCUGCAAGGCUGAAUGCAUAUUCUGGAGCUGCGGCGUAUUCAGGCUGCAGCAGAAGUCAGUGUGGAUCUGCUUCAUCGCACUUCACCUGUUGCGAUUUCUGUUCUUACAACGUUUGGGGCCAGUGCGGCUUCAAGUAUCGCACACGGGGGAUUAUUCAGCCUCUCUUCGUGAAAAACGCCUGGAACGAUGUGGGCUCUGAGGGAAUAUGGGGUCAGAACACCGCCUUCAUCUCUUCAGCAGCACACUGCGGCCAGAACUUCAACCCAGCAUACGACCAUCAAGGAAUUGGAUUCUACCCUGGUGGUGCCACCACAAUGGUUGGCAUCAAGGACACAGGAGAUUGGGAGGAUCAUGUCUUUCCCCACGGCACCCACUUCGACUGGGACGAUUCAAGCUUCACCUUCCUGGUGCAAUGGUUCGGGAGGAAGCACGAGACGCCUAAAGCUGUGGCGAAGCUGUUCCUGCUGUACGAUGGGCAAGCGAUUGACAUGGGCAGUCCCAUCGUUGGGGAUGCCUCUUCGGGCUUCUACCUGACUGAGAGGCCGCGCAGCAACGUCUGUGAGCCUUAUGCUUUCCUGGCACAGGAUCAGUUGGGAGGCUGGCAUCGACUACCUGAAGAGGAUGUGUAUUACUUCGGGACUGUGAGCAAUCCGCAAGACCUGCUGGAUGGAAGUGCGGUUUGCAGUGAGAACCACUACUUCUUCGACGGGUCCGC